UGGGGCCUCUUACUACAUUGGACCUGGGGUGAAAUGCAGGCAAGGGCAAGCAUAAUUCGUAUGCCUAGGGACGCCAUAGUCUAAGAUUAGGCUGGGAGGAAAAGCCCAGAUACAUACUGCUCAUUUGUCUAGCAGCAGGCCUCAGCCUCUCCCCCGGAAGCCUGCCGUUGGCCCAUACAGAACACCACAGGCUUAAGGUGAGACCUCCAUGAGCAUCGAGGCAGCCACUGCAGGUGUGCUGAGCCCUGAGUGGAGCCAUCAUUCCUGAUUCUUCAAAGUGGACCCCAAGGGAGAAAUCCACCGAAAGCAGUGGCUACCAAGCAGAAAAGUUGUACUGGAACACAAAGUCAUGUGGCACAAAGUUUGUGCGCCGUAACAGCGGGAGCAAAUGGUCCUUCACAGAGAACGUUGGCCAGCUAGUUCUCAAGGCGAUCAGCCUGAUGCUGAAAGACCGGGAAAUAAACAGAGUAGGACCACCACAACACUAACUAGACUGGUUUUGUAGGCGGUCACUGUUCAGUUGUGACGUGAUUAACGGCUGCGUGCUCCUUGUAGAAUGAAAAGUCCAAGACACACAGAUGUGAACCUGGGAAUGAGACCUGAAGAAAGCUGGAGCCAUGUUGGCCUGGUGCAACGUAAAGAAGCAGAUUCUGUCUCCAACAAGUCCAUCAACGCAGAUGAGGAAGAUGGAGGUCUUCAAAUCUGCCGUGUAUGCGGGGACAAGGCUAAUGGCUAUCAUUUCAAUGUCAUGACAUGUGAAGGAUGCAAGGGAUUUUUCAGAAGGGCCAUGAAACGCAAUGUCCGGCUGAGGUGCCCCUUCCGCAAGGGGACCUGCGAGAUCACCCGCAAGACCCGGAGGCAGUGCCAGGCCUGCCGUCUGCGCAAGUGCCUGGAGAGCGGCAUGAAGAAGGAGAUGAUCAUGUCCGAUGCCGCUGUGGAGCAGAGGCGGGCCUUGAUCAAGAGGAAGAAGAGGGAGAAGACCGAAGUGCCAGCGCCCGGAGGGCAGGGCCUGACUGAAGAACAGCAGGCGCUGAUCCAGGAGCUGAUGGACGCUCAGAUGAAAACCUUUGACACCACUUUCUCCCACUUCAAGGAUUUCCGGCUGCCUACGGUGUUUAACGGUGGCUGUGAGCUCCCAGAGUUUCUGCAGGCCUCACUGUUGGAAGAUCCUGUCACAUGGAACCGAAUCAUGAAAGAUUGUGUUCCAAUGAAGAUCUCUCUGCAGCUGCGGGGAGAAGACGGCAGCAUCUGGAACUACCAGCCCCCCUCCAAGAGCGACGGGAAGGAGAUCAUUCCCCUGCUGCCACACCUGGCUGACGUGUCAACCUACAUGUUCAAAGGCGUCAUCAACUUCGCCAAAGUCAUAUCCUAUUUCAGGGACCUGCCUAUCGAGGACCAGAUCUCCCUGCUGAAGGGGGCCACUUUUGAGAUGUGCAUCCUGAGGUUCAACACGAUGUUUGACAUGGAAACUGGGACCUGGGAGUGUGGUCGGCUGGCCUACUGCUUCGAAGACCCUGAUGGCGGCUUCCAGAAGCUUCUGCUGGACCCGCUGAUGAAGUUCCACUGCAUGCUCAAGAAGCUGAAGCUGCAUAAGGAGGAGUACGUGCUGAUGCAAGCCAUCUCUCUCUUCUCCCCAGAUCGCCCUGGUGUGGUGCAGCGCGGUGUGGUUGACCAGCUGCAAGAGCGAAUUGCCCUCACCCUGAAGGCCUACAUUGAGUCUAGUCGGCCAUACCCUGCCCACAGGUUCCUGUUCCUGAAGAUCAUGGCUGUCCUCACCGAGCUUCGCAGCAUUAACGUCCAGCAAACCCAGCAGCUGCUGCGUAUCCAAGACACGCACCCCUUCGCCACCCCACUCAUGCAGGAGUUAUUUAGCAGCACAGAUGGCUGAGUGGCUGUUCCUGGGUGGAGAGCUCAUGGGGCAGCCAGACCCGGAUACUCGGAGCUGCCUCUUCCAGGGCUACCCAGGUGGACACACUGACAGCCAACAGCACCCCGGGACUGCAGCUGGCUAGCAUUUCUUGGGAAAAUGACACGGGAGUCCCAGAGCUCAGCCUGUGGAAAGUGCUACCCUCUAAGUUAGGCCAUCUUCGUGGUUGGGCAGAAACCCCCACAUCCCACUACAUUCUACAGUGUUAGGUGGGACAGUGGGACCAGGUAGCCAGGUAAACUGUACAGCCAUGCCCCACACAUUCCCAACCCUAAGCUUCCUCUAGAGCUGCUUGCGUGUUCUAGACUUGAGCUCACCAUGAGGUUCAUUAGAGUCACUGCCGGGCGGGAAAAGCCUGUCCGGACCCUGUUCCGGGCAUCUCACUCAGGUCCCUCCAUCUGGCCAAACGCACUGUUAAUCACUAACGAUGUGACCUGCUGUGGAGGACACAGCAUGGCCUCAGAGUUCAGGAAGACAAAGCUAAAAUGGCUGUCAAUAGCUUAUAAAAUCUUCUUAUAAACAACUAUGUAGAGCAUGUGACAUGCGGUCAAGGGACCUUGUGCGUGUGAGUUCUGAGCCGUACUGGGGGUUCUGGGAAGCCAGCUGAAGAUUUCCACAUGUCAGGGUGCUUGUGGAGAAAGGGGUGGAGACUGUGGGGACCUGCCUAUGACUUAGUGGGAGGAGGUCCGCACCCCAUCUGACCCUGGCUUGGCUUGCUCCCACGGCCGGAGCACUGGGGUGACCUAUGACAAAGCUGCCAUGGCAGACAAUAAAUAGCACAAUGACCUGUGUUCA